AAUGGCAGGUCCCAGAGCCGCAGCUUCCGCCGGCGCCGGUGGCUGGGCUUGCCGCUGCCCUUGGUCGUGGGGUCGAUUUUGGCACCGAGGCCGAAGCUCACGAUGAACAUAAUUCAAAUUGUUCGUGACCACUGGGUACAUAUACUUGUGCCGAUGGGGUUUGUCUUUGGAUGUUAUCUAGACAAAAAGAAUGAUGAAAAGCUAACUGCCUUCCGGAACAAGAGUUUGUUGUUUAAGAGGGAAUUGAGACCCAAUGAAGAAGUCACCUGGAAGUAAAGGCUGUGAUUGAAAUACAGAAUGUUCACAUUUUAAAAAUUGGGAGAGAAAUAAAAACACAUUCAUUAUUUAA